CCGAGAGCGGGAGGUUGUGCCCUGGACGCUGACGCCGGAGGUGGACUGGGGAAAAGAUCGGUACUAAAGCGAACCCGCGUAGAUAGCUUGCUGGCUAAGAGCUAAAGGUCGGGCGGUAAGAACAGAUCAUCUUUCGGGAGCGUUCGCUCGCUGGCUGGGGUGGAGCGGCGGCAGCUCGCUGGUCGUGGGGACGGCGGAGGAAGUUUUGCUUUUGAAGUUUCUUUCUCGUGGCCGCCUGAAGCGCGUCUCUGCCCGCCUGGGCCGCCUCCUCUAACCGCUCCCGCCCGGAAGCAAGUCAUGGUGUCCUGGAUUAUCUCAAGAACGGUCGUGCUGGUGUUUGGGACGCUGUACCCUGCAUACUACUCUUACAAAGCUGUCAAGACCAAAAAUGUCAAGGAGUAUGUGCGGUGGAUGAUGUACUGGAUAGUGUAUGCUCUGUACACUGUGGUGGAGACCAUCACUGACCUCACACUGGCAUGGUUUCCUCUUUACUACGAAGUGAAGAUAGCCUUUGUCAUUUGGCUGCUUUCUCCUUACACCAGAGGAGCUAGUCUCAUUUACAGGAAGUGUCUCCACCCACUCCUCUCCGCCAGAGAGCGAGAGAUAGAUGACUACAUAGUGCAGGCCAAAGAGAGAAGCUACGAGACCAUGGUCAACUUCGGCAGGCAAGGUCUGAGUAUUGCUGCCACCGCCGCUGUCACUGCGGCUGUCAAGGGACAGGGUGCCAUCACAGAGAAGCUACGCAGUUUCAGUAUGCAUGACCUGACUCAGAUCAGCCAGUAUAAGGAGGGACCAGGGAAUGAACUCUACACUUACAGCUCCCAUGCAUCCAACCCUGCCGUCAGGAGAUCCCAGAGCGCCGAUGUCGCUGAUGGAGCAGAGUAUUAUGAGCAGGACGACAGGACGGAUGAGGAGACGGAGCCGACCUUCUCAGAGGACGAGGCUGUCACUCAGAGGGGACUGAGGAGGUCACAGAGCGCCAAGCUAUCCCGGUCCAGAGUCCGCAAAGAUGCUCGCUAUGGGUCCCUGAAGAUCAAAGGCAAGAAGAGACCAGCACUGAGUUCUGUUAACUAUGCCAUGUGAGCAGCCUACUGGAGACCCGCUGCAGUAGACCCACUGCACUGUCACCAAGACACCACCAACAGGCUGACACGUGGAACAGCGGACUGGGGGUCACAUCGAAACAUAGAUACACUGACAUGUGCUUUCCUGGACACUGACAGACAUGCAUGUCAACUGCCCCCCUCUCUCUGUCUCUCUCUCUGUCUCUCUCUCUGUCUCUCUCUCUGUCUCCUUGUCUGUCUGUCUGUCUGUUUCUCUGUCUCUCCUCCCUGUCUGUCUGUCUCUGUGUAUUUCUCUGUCUCUCCUCUCUGUCUAUUUCUCUGUCUCUCCUCCCUGUCUGUCUGUCUCUGUCUAUUUCUCUGUCUGUGUGUCUGUUUCUCUGUCUCUCCUCUCUGUCUGUCUGUCUGUCUGUCUGUCUGUCUGUCUGUCUGUCUGUCUGUUUCUCUCUCUCUCUCUCUCUCUGGGCUCUGUCUUACACCCGGCGCAAAGUGGCGCCAAGUGCAACUGAAGUGUGUUUGCUGGUUUCAGACCAGUGCAGUUGUCAGUUUUCCGUCCAGCACCCACGUUGUUUUAAUACCAAAUGUACUUGUGCCCAUCUGAGCACCCACCCAUGUGCGUGUUGGUCUUAAAUGGGGUGCGGUCCGGCGCAUUGCUGGAGCAUUGCUAUGUUGAGGCAGCAGAAAGUGAUCAUGCGAUUGACCAACAAAAAUUUGGUCUUAAGUCAAUCACGCAGUAUUUUACUGUUAUUUUAACACCAGAACGACCGGGACUUCACUCCUACCUGAAACCACCACGGGCGGUCAAACUGACCACCGGUUUUUAAACUCUAUAUUCUGUCAAGAUAAAUACCCAACUAAGAUAUUAAUGCAUUGCAUAUGUUAGUAUGUCUGUUAUGAAACUAACUGACACAUUUUAACAACUUUAAUACUAUGUUUAAACAAUUUAAAAUGGCGGCUGUCCAACGCCUGUAAAUCCUGCAGUGCCUCGGUGGUAGUUAUGGUGCGUCUGUAACCAGACAUGUUGGACAUAAUCACACAUCAAGUGUAGACUAUUUAUCUGCACUGGAGGGCGCUAGUGUGUUUCUAGGACACAGCAACGAACUUCACGAAGGAAAUGAUGCGACCAACACACGUCAUAAAUACUGACAUGACGCACACCAUCACACGCAAAUUUGGAGCGGUCAUUUUGACUGCCCAUGGUCGUUUUAGGAGAUCUUAUCAUAACUUUUUUGUGCAAUUGAUCUAAAACUCAUUUUUAAUGCAAAUAUGUACUAUUUUAGGAGCAUUCAGGGGGCGGCAGGUCUGUAUCUUUUUCUUUUUUUUCCCCAGAGUUAUUAAACUGUCAAAAUGACGGCCUUGGUCGUUCUAAUGCAUUAUUAAGACAGUAACAUGCGUUAUUAAGACAGUAAUAUGCGUUAUUACGACUAACAUGCGUUAUUAAGACAGUAACAUGCGUUAUUAAGACAGUAACAUGCGUUAUUAAGACAGUAAUAUGCGUUAUUACGACAGUAACGGGUUCUUAAGACAGUAAUAUGCGUUAUUAAGACAGUAAUAUGCGUUAUUAAGACAGUAACAUGCGUUAUUAAGACUAACAUGCGUUAUUAUGACAGUAACACGCGUUAUUAAGACAGUAACAUGCGUUAUUAAGACAGUAACAUGCGUUAUUAAGACUGUAACAUGCGUUAUUACGACAGUAACAUGCGUUAUUAAGACAGUAACAUGCGUUAUUAAGACAGUAACAUGCGUUAUUAAGACUAACAUGCGUUAUUAUGACAGUAACACGCGUUAUUAAGACAGUAACAUGCGUUAUUAAGACAGUAACAUGCGUUAUUAAGACUGUAACAUGCGUUAUUACGACAGUAACAUGCGUUAUUAAGACAGUAACAUGCGUUAUUACGACAGUAACAUACGUUCUUAAGACAGUAACAUGUGUUAUUAAGACAGUAACAUGCAUUAUUAAGACAGUAAUAUGCGUUAUUAAGACAGUAACGUGUUAUUAAGACAGUAACAUGUGCCUACAUAGGCGGGCACAAGUUUGCUACUACUUGGCAAAUCCACCAUUAUGAUAGCAGUCCACCCAGGUGCUGAUGGGAAACGACACUCUGACUGAUUUAUUUCAUGUUAUACCCAAAUCACACUUCAUGAUUAAUUACCUCAUGAUUAAUUAAGAGACUAAGUACCCCCCCCCCUGUGGACCACACACCUUACUGUGUUCAGAUUAUCUGCCGCUGUUAAACCAGCAAACAUUGAUUUUUACACCAUGCACUUAGAUCAUUAAAACAUAGCCCCCCCCCCUCUGUCUGUAUGUCUGUCUGUCUGUCUGUCUGUCUGUCUGUCUGUCUGUCUGUCUGUCUGUCUGUCUGUCUCUCCAACCAAACGGGAACCAGGACAGCAUGUGUAGGAGGCUGGCACUGCCUGUAAUGCCACUCCAGUUUUGUUCAGACACUCCAGUGUGGAACGUGUUGCUAUAAUGAACUAUCUUUUGAUUGUAUAAGUAGCUUUUACCAACAUAUUUAUUAUCUUAUUCACCACUGGUUGCUCAUACAAGUAUCAUCAUUUUAAACCAGCUAUACUCUUAAGAAUGCGCUGCUUACUGUUGGGUUUUAUUAUUUCCUUUUCUGUUCUUCUUUUUUCAUGUUGUUCUGUUAUUUAGCCGUCGUCAUUAUGUUUGUUGUGGUCAUUUUGAUAUUUUUUGUAUCUUACGUGUGCUCCUCUGAGUUCAGUGUUUUCAUUUUAUUUUUGUUUCUACUGACUUUAAGGUGCAGUAGCUUUAUAAGACCAUGUGGUGUGCUUUACUUGUCGUGUAUCUGACACUAGCCCAGACAGCAUCCGCAUGUGGGCCACUUCAGGCAGUGAUGCGGCGCUGAUGGUCUUCUUCUGGCCCUGACAAAACAUACGUGAGCCUGAAGUGGCCCACAUGUAUAACAGCAAAUAUGGCCCAAAUAUGCCAAAUCACAUGUGGGCCUUCUUUGGCAAAGACACGGUGCUCUGGGCAACAUGUGGUCUGGAUGUGACCCUGAAGUGGCCCGUGUGGUAAAUGGUGAAUAUGGCCCAAAUAUCACACAACAAAUAUGGGCCACUUUUGGCAAAUAUGUGGCACAUGCGGCAUUGCUGUGGCUUGGUUCUGGCCCAGAUCUGGCAAACAGGAGGGGACCGGCCAAGCGGCAUCAUUCCACACGGUAUGUGGGCCGGAUGAAAGUGUCGGAUGUGGGACGGGUCCGGACCACAGCAAUUUUGCUAUCUGGGUAGGAAUUGGCUCAGUUCACUUCCUGGUCGUGUGAAAUGCAAAAUGAAUCCAUAAGUAGUUGAGGGACCAGAUUCACAUUAUUUCCCAUGAUGCAACAUGAUACACUUUUAUCCUAAUAGCAAAACUGCUAGAUUUAAGCAUUUCUGACUAGUUGCAAAUCCCUCAUGUCCUGGAGUCCUCCAGGAAAAAUGAGCUUUUCAGAGACAGCGGAGAUGUCUUGACACUUGAUCGAUUUUAGACUUUGUGAAGAAGCCGAGCGGGAACACUAGGGGGCAGCAGGCUGUCACGGUGGGGUAGGACACAGACAGAGAAGCUUUCAACCAGAGGAUCCUUUCUUCCAUCCUGUGGCCAUAAGCAUUUAACCUGCUCAGGCGUCUUGUUGCAAGACGCUGAAAGUGGGCGGGGUCCAGUUUGUACGAAUUUUGCUCGGGACGUCAGGAAAGGUCGGGGACUAGAUUAGAAUUCAGCUCCUGUUCAGAACCAGGGCCCAUUGGAUCAGUGGUGGUGACGCCGUCUCGUCGUAACUGCAGGGGAUUUUCACAACCUAACAUUGCAGCUUAGUCAGUCAGGGCCCAGUAUGUCCCCAGACCGCCUUGAUCCGCAAAACAUGGUCGCUUGUUAGAUCCGAGGUCAUAGCCGAAUAUUAUAGACAGGUUUUUUAAAAUGUAUUUUAUUUUGGGGGGUUUUCCCCCCUUUUUCUCCCCAAUUGUACUUAUCCAAUUUUACCCCGCUCUUCCGAGCCGUCCCGGUCUUUGCUCCACCCCCUCUGCUGAUCCGGGGAGGGCUGCAGACUACCACGUGCCUCCUCCCAUACAUGUGGAGUCACCAGCCGCUUCUUUUCACCUGGCAGUGAGGAGUUUCACCAGGGGGACGUAGCGCGAGGGAGGAUCACACUACCCCCCCCCCUCCAGUAAGGUAACUUAAAUAAGGUAAUUACUUACUCCAGUAAGGUAAUUACUUCCUCCAGUAAGGUAACUUAAGUAAGGUAAUUACUUCCUCCAGUAAGGUAACUUAAGUAAGGUAAUUACUUACUCCAGUAAGGUAACUUAAGUAAGGUAAUUACUUACUCCAGUAAGGUAACUUAAGUAAGGUAAUUACUUACUCCAGUAAGGUAACUUAAGUAAGGUAAUUACUUACUCCAGUAAGGUAACUUAAGUAAGGUAAUUACCUACUCCAGGAAGGUAAUUACUCCAGUAAGGGGACUUAAGUAAGGUAAUUGCUUCCUCCAGUAAGGCGACUUAAGUAAGGUAAUUACGUACUCCAGUAAGGUGACUUAAGUAAGGUGACUACCUACUCCAGUAAGGCGACUUAAGCUAAGUAGGGUAAUUCUUCAGCUUGUGCUUGUUGGCCGAAGUGAAAAUGUCCACACCAGUGAUUGUUAGGUGGUGUCGCUGCAAUGCUGAGGUGCCGGAACAAGAACUUUACUGUCGUGUACUUGGAGACGUAACAAUAAAGGAUCUGGAUGCGGAUCUCGCUGCUUGGCCUUCCGUUUCCAAACUGCGUUGCAUUAUGGGACAAUAAAGUCCGCCAUCAACACACCCAGAAAUGGAGCAGAUUAAGCUUUGAAGUGUAGGUCAUUUUGUCAGCUUUUGUGAGUGUGAACACGCUACAUACCCACAACACAGUUGGUGUGUAGUGUGCAUGUUGAACACGGAAUGGACUCGUACAUGCGUACCAAUCAUCACAUGACCCUACAGACCGCGUGAGCAUGCGUGAUGCGUACCAAUCAUCACAUGACCCUACAGACGGAGUGAGCAUGCGUGAUGCGUACCAAUCAUCACGUGACCCUACAGACCGAGUGAGCAUGCGUGAUGCGUACCAAUCAUCACGUGACCCUACAGACCGAGUGAGCAUGCGUGAUGCGUACCAAUCAUCACGUGACCCUACAGACCGAGUGAGCACGCGUGCUGUGCAGAGUGGAGUGGGCGUGCAGACGUGUGAAUGCAGUUGGUUGUGUCUUCUCCCAACGUGUUGGGUGUCAUCAGGGCUCAGCACUACAUUUCGAACCCUCUUUUAAUUCUGCUGUUGUGUUGUUUUCGUUGUCACCCAUGGUGUGCUCCUGACCACGCCCCUGUUGUACAUAUCAGAACGUCUUUUGUAUGAAUGGACACUUGGCUCAUUAUGUUGCAACCAAAAAGACCGCGUGCUGUUUUCUUAUGUAACCGUUGGUGGAAAGGGUGAUUAUUGUCUUGUAACCACAACUUUCUGCACAUGUUGUCUUGUCUGACGUGUGUCUCUUGAUGCUUGAUGGUCGUGCUUGUCAUCUCAUUCUGGAGAGUCUCGGCUGAGACAGGAAACCCAGUCACACAAGCAGAACUUACACACCUGGCACUCAUUCGAGACGAGGGAUCUGCAUACUGGGUUGUACAUUUCAGGUUGUUUUAGUGUUUCACCUGGCGUUUCACCUGGCGUUUCACCUGGCAGGUGUCUCAAGGACAGUAGAACUCUGGACGCUGGUACUGCAGACGCGCCGCUGCACGGCCAGAAGGCGACGUCCUCCAGCGCCACUUGUGCCAGCGUAGGGAGUCCUCGUCAGUUUGUGUGGCGUUGUGGAGAUCUGGUCGGACUUGUAUGUUUCAGGUUCAUGAGGGACCUUUUCUUCAGACGCACGGUACCGUUUGUUCCUUAGUAGUGAAACGGGCACGGAUAGACAGACUCGCUAGCCCAUGGCUAACGGGUCCGAGCCUUUAGUCGACUGGUUAACGUCGCCCGUGGUGCGGGAGACCCGGGUUCGGGAUCUAGUGGUUGGGGCAUCUGAUCAGGAGGCCUCCUGGGCGCCCUCCUUUGGAGGUUUACCGGGCACGUCCAGCUGGGGGGAGACCCCGGGGUAGACCCAGAACUCGCUGGAGGGACUAUGUCCAACCUGGCCUGGGACCGCCUUGGGAUCCCCCAGGAGGAGCUGGGGGGCGUUGCUGGGGAGAGGGAGGUCUGGAGUGCCCUACUUAGCUUGCUGCCACCGCGACCCGAUCCCGGAGAAGCGGCUGAUGAUGGAUGAAUCAGCCCUCGGCUAACGGAUCGGAUCCUUUAGUCGACUGGUUAACGUAGUCGCCCGUGGUGCAGGAGACCUGGGUUCGCGUCCCGACUGCGGCGGUUCCCGGACUGCCCCCCCGAAUUCGCCACAGUGUUGGUAAAGACACGUGUAGGAUUGAGACCAGGAGAAAGGACUCGUCCUUGUUAAGGAGACUGGCGGCACCAAGUGAUGUGCAGUAACAAGCCAAUGUCACAAUGUCGUGCUUGGAACUAACUAGUGAUACCAAAUCUACAUCUGUCCACCCACAGCUGGCUG